UUGCAGCAUGUCUUUCGGAGAGAUCAAAGAUUUUGAGGUUGCCUCCCCGCCCACAGAUGGCAUUUCGGAUCUCGCUUUUUCUCCACAAGCAGAUUUGCUAGCAGCUUCGUCGUGGGAUAGCCAGAUUAGAAUCUACGAGGUUCAACCCUCUGGCAACACGGUUCCAAAAGCAGCUUAUAGUCACGAGGGUCCAGUCCUCUCCGUCGCUUGGAGCAAGGACGGUACGAAGGUGGUUUCAGGCGGGACGGAUAAAGCGGUGCGAAUGUAUGAUAUAAACACCAACCAAACCACGCAAGUAGCGGAACACGCAGAAGCUGUAAAAUGUGUCAAAUUCCUUGACCAGGGACAGCAAAUUCUGGCAACCGGCAGCUGGGAUAAAACGAUCAAAUAUUGGGAUACGAGAUCGCCACAACCUAUUGGAACAGUGCAGCUUCCUGAGCGAUGCUAUACAAUGGAUACUGCGGGCAACCUACUUAUCGCAGGAACAGCCGAUCGCCAUAUUGUCAUAUUUGACCUGAACAACCCUACUAGCAUUUUCAAACAGACGUUAUCGCCAUUGAAAUGGCAAACACGCGCUGUAUCCUGCUUCAUUGAUGGAAAAGGUUAUGCUAUUGGAUCUAUUGAAGGACGAGUGGGUAUUCAAUAUUUGGACGCCCAAGACCAAGCUAAGAGCUUUUCUUUCAAAUGCCACCGCGACGAAUCCAAGAAUAUGUAUUCGAUCAAUGCCAUAUCAUUUCAUCCGGUGUAUGGCACAUUCUCUACGGCGGGUGGUGACGGAACGAUAAAUUUUUGGGAUAAGGAUUCGAAGCAAAAGUUGAAGCCUUUCCCUAAUAUGAACGGCACUAUUCCAUGCACAGCAUUUAGUCGAACUGGCCAUAUAUUUGCUUACGCCGUUAGCUAUGAUUGGACAAAGGGAUACAAGUUCGCCCAACAAAACACGACUCACAGAAUCUUUUUACAUGCUGUAAAAGAUGAAGAUAUCAAACCCCGAGCACCUAAAAAACGAUAAAUGUCAUGAUGUUUUGAUAUAUGACGCUGCCAUGUAGUAUAAUUUGCAAAUAAAAUUCGAGUGAUGUACAAAGCAAGAAGUCUUCUGGAAAAGGGAGAAAGAUUCCUGUACAAACAAAGAAGAAGGAAGAA